AUGUGGCACUUAAGGUUGUCAAGCACGUCAUUCGACCCAAGGGUGGUUUAUGAUAGACACCCUACAUUGUUUACCAUCAAGCUACAUCAUGGAGGUGAGUUCACAAAGUUUCCAAAUGUCAACUACAUUGAGGGUACUGUGAUGUAUGUAGAUAUGGUGGAUAUAGAAGAGUUUUCUAUUCACGAGAUGGAUGCGAUUAUGAAAGGGUUAGGAUACUCAGUUCCUCCAGUUGUCUACUAUCAUUUUCGAGUGCCAAAGGGAGACAUGCAUUUUGGGCUACGGGCCCUAGGAAAUGAUGAUGAUGUCCUCAAUCUUUCCCAGUAUGUGAAGGAGCAUAAACGGAUAAGGGUUUACACCGAGCAUGGUAUUACGAACUUGCUUACUUACUUUAUGGCUCCUAAACCUGUAAGAAAAGUUAUUAUUGAGCAAUUAGAGGAGAUCGAUGAACAUCAAACCCCCCCCCCCCCAACUAAUAACCAACCCAGUGGCAUGCCACAAACAUGCAUACCACUUGUGAUAGCAAAUGAAGCUGCUUUAGCCUUGUCAAUAUCCCCUGAAUAUAAUAAGAAAAGGGAAUUUAUCAAGGACAAACCAUUAUCAUCAUGUAUUAAGAAAUUGGUGAUGGAUGAUAAAUUGGUGAUGGAUGAUGUUAGUGUUGAUAGGAUUGGUGGGAAUAAGGAUGAUGCAGAUAAUGAAAUUGACCACGGAUUUAAUGAAUUUGAUGAGGAAUGUAAUGAUAUUAACCAGGAUUUUAAUGAAUUUCAUGAGGCAUGUAAUGAUAUUAACCAGGGAUUUAAUGAAUUUGAUGAGGCAGCUAAUGACUUUGAUAUUGGAUUGUACCAACAGAUUUUACAGUCUAAUGAACAGAAUGUAGAUGAUGAGGUUCAUGAAGGUAAGGAAAAUACAGUUAAUAAGGAAGUCACUGAAGAAGAGAAUCAUGACAGAAAUGAAAUGAAUGAUGAGAAUGUAGAGAUGAGAGAUUUUGCAGUUGAUGAUGGAAGUGAAGAUAACAUAGAGAUUGAUGAAGACAAUACUGAAAGAAGUGAUGAGAGUGAGGACAGUGAUGAUAGUGAUUUCUGGGUGGAUGAAGACAACAUCAUCCCUGAUGUAGAAGUAGACAUGAGGGAUUUUUACAUGAAUAUAGAUCUUGAAGCAGAAUUUCUUGAAAAAAGAUUACCAAAGCAUAGAGAGAAUGAUAGUGAUGAGGUCAAUGAAGAGUUGGAUGUUAUAGAUAAUGAUCAAUGGGAUUCAUUGGAUGAGGGUUCUGAUAUAGAUAGGAAAAGAAGAGUUGUAAUAAAGAAAUUGGGGAAGGAGACUAGGUGCUCUCAAGGUGAGAUACACAAGGUAACUUUUAGGAUAGGACAAAAAUAUAAAAAUAAGAAGGAGUUAAAGGAAAAGAUACAAUUGCAUGCACUGGAAACAAGAAGGAAUAUAUUCUUUGUGAAAAACGACAAAAUGAGGUUAAGGGCAAUCUGUAAAGGAACUGUGGCCUUUAAUGAUGGUCAUGUCGGUGAACCUACCCCUUGUCCUUGGGUGAUACAAGGUUCUAGGUCAGAUGUAAAUAGUAAUUGGUUCAUAAAAACUUACAACCACGAACAUAAAUGCCUCCAGACAAGAAAAGUUAGAUCUGCAACAGCAAAGUUUAUCUCUAAGCAGAUAAUGGACCAGAUUGAAUCCAACCCAACAAUCCCAGUCAGAGCUCUUCAAGAACAACUUCAAAAGGAUUAUCAAGUUGGAUUCUCUAUUCACAAGGUAUUCAGGGCCAAAUCAACUGCAAAAAAACUUGUCCAGGGUGAUUACAAAAAGCAAUAUGAUGUUCUUAGAGAUUACAUCCUGGAGUUGCAGUCUACUAAUCCAGAAACCACUGUGAAGUUAGAGUUUGAUUCAGAACCCAAUCUAAGUGCUACCUCAAGAAGGUUUAAAAGGAUGUACGUGUGUUUGGGUGGAAUGAAAAAGGGCUUUAGAGCUUGCCUGAGGGAUUUUCUAGGUUUUGAUGGGGCAUUUAUGAAGGGCCCUUUCCCAGGACAAAUUUUAACUGUAGUUGGGGUAGACUCCAACAAUGGAAUAUACCCCCUAGCUUAUGCCAUUGUUGAGACUGAGAACACUGACAGUUGGAAGUGGUUUCUAGAGUGUAUUGCAGAUGAUCUUGACCUAUAUGCAAACUCAAACUUCACAUUUAUAAGUGACAGACAAAAGGGAUUGCAGACUGCCAUUUCUCAGUUGUUCCCAUGUGCUGAGCACAGGUUUUGCCUUAGGCAUAUACAUGAUAAUAUGAGAAAAACAUGGAGAACUAAUGAGUACAAAGAACACUUGUGGAAUUGUGCUACAGCAACAACAGUACCAGAGUUCAAUCAUAGGAUGCAUCAACUCAGCUCAUAUGAUGUAGAAGCUUAUAAUUGGUUGAAGCAGAUUCCCCCACAACAUUGGGCAAGAAGCCACUUCACAGGUAGAGCAGUUUCAGAUAUGCUUCUGAAUAAUCUUUGUGAAGUUUUUAAUAGCAAAUUGAUUGAGGGAAGGGACAAGCCACUGAUAUCCUGCUUGAAGUGCAUUAGGGAGUAUAUGAUGAAAAUAAUAUGUAAUGUCAUAAAGGUUCAAAAGAAGUGUGUUGGUCCACUAACCCCAUCUGCAACAAAGAUCAUGGAGAAGAAUGUGAAUUGGGCAUCUCAGUACACAGUUAGGUGGAAUGGGUCAGAUAAAUACCAAGUGCAAGGGCCAUGGCAGGAUCAACAUGUUGUUGAUAUGGUUGAAAGAGUAUGCAGUUAUAGGAAGUGGGAAUUAACAGGACUCCCUUGUAAGCAUGUCAUUGCAGUCCUAAAUGACAAAGCAGAUAAUGGUGAGGAAGUUGGAGAACUGCACACUUAUGCCCACAGGGUGCACUGGCUAGAAACAUGGAAAGCAGCUUAUGUGUACAAGGUAGAGCCUAUUAAAGGUCGAGCAAUGUGGCCUAUAAGUGAAUGCCCAAUUAAUAUCACCCCUCCUAUACACAAAAAUCAGCCUGGAAGGCCAAAGAAAAAGAGGAGGCACUCUGCUGAGGAGAAAAGCCAGAAGAAGGGAGACAAUGUUGCUAGUGGUAGUGGGAGUCAAAGCAAUAUUGCUAGUAGGAGUGGAAAGCUUACAAGAAAGUUUAUCCAAGUAACCUGCAGCAAGUGUAAAAUUAAAGGGCACAAUGCUAGAACUUGCAAAGGCCAAGGGGGUAAGUGAUUGGAUUUCAAGGGAUUUUGAUGUUUGUAGGGAUAUAAGUGUCUUUUUGGGAUAAUGUUAUGUUUAUGUGUAUUGUAUGUUUAGUACUUUCUGUGUUUUGGGGUUUAACCAUUUUGGAUGUUACUUUUGGUACUUGAUAGUGUACCCCUGUGAU